CCUGCCCAGCGCCGACACCCAGGCGCGCCGCGCGCGUGUCCGUCCCCGCUUGCAAGCGCCGCUGAAGAUGGCGAGCCCGGCGCCUCCGGAGCACGCCGCCGAGGGAUGCCCGGCUCCGGCGGUCGGGGAGCAGACGCUGCAGUCGCCGCCGCCGCCGCCCCGGGCUCCCCCCGAGGAGCAGGGGGAGGAAGCGCAGGAGGAAGGGCCGGUGGCUGCCGGCGCGGGGCGGCAGGUGGAGGAGGCCGCCGGCGGGGUGGCCGCCGCCGUGACCUGGCUUCUGGGGGAGCCCGUGCUGUGGCUGGGCUGCCGCGCGGAAGAGCUCCUGAGCUGGAAGAGGCCGCUGCGCAGCCUGCUCGGCUUCGUCGCGGCCAACCUACUAUUCUGGUUCCUUGCACUGACUCCAUGGAGAGUGUAUCACCUGAUUUCUGUCAUGAUACUUGGGCGCGUUAUUAUGCAAAUAAUAAAGGAUAUGGUUUUGUCUAGAGCUAGAGGUGCACAGUUGUGGAGAAGCCUCAGUGAAAGCUGGGAAGUUAUCAAUUCCAAACCAGAUGAAAGAUCCAGGUUCAGCCACUGUAUUGCAGAAUCAUGGAUGAAUUUCAGCUUAUUUCUUCAAGAAAUGUCUCUUUUUAAACAGCAGAGCCCUGGCAAGUUUUGUCUCCUGGUCUGCAGUGUGUGCACAUUUUUUACAAUCUUGGGAAGUUACAUUCCUGGAGUUAUACUCAGCUAUCUACUGUUGCUGUGUGCAUUUUUGUGUCCCCUGUUUAAGUGUAAUGAUAUUGGACAAAAAAUAUACAGCAAAAUCAAGUCAGUUCUGCUGAAGCUAGAUUUUGGAAUUGGAGAAUAUAUUAAUCAGAAGAAACGUAAGAGAUCUGAAGCAGAUAAAGAACAAAGUCACAAAGAUGACAGUGAAUUAGACCUUUCAGCUCUUUGUCCUAAGGUUAGCCUCACGGUUGCUGCCAAAGAGUUGUCUGUGUCUGACACGGACGUAUCCGAGGUCUCCUGGACUGACAACGGGACCUUCAACCUGUCGGAGGGAUACACUCCACAGACAGACACUUCUGAUGCACGAACUUGUGUUAUACAUUCCACAGAUCUUGACCGACCGAGUGAAGAAGUUUUCUCUCGAGACCUUUCUGAUUUUCCAUCUGUAGAAAACGGCAUGGGAACAAAUGAUGAUGAAUUCAGCCUUGGCUUGCCCACCGAGCAAAGGAGAAAAAAGGAGCAGUUGGACAGCGGUCUCAGAGCGAGCAGAGAGAGGCAGUCAGCUGCUGGUCUCACCCUGCCUUUGAGCAGUGACCAAACCUUCUACUUGAUGCGCAACCUGGCUGGGGACGCCAUCGCGGCCGCAGUGACAGCCGCCAUCAAAGAGCAGUUGGAGGGCGCGCAGCAAGCGCUUUCUCAGGCUGCCCCCAGCCCGGGCGACGACACAGACACUGAGGAAGGCGAUGACUUUGAACUACUUGAUCAGUCAGAGCUCGAUCAAAUCGAGAGUGAAUUGGGACUUUCACAAGACCAAGAAGCAGAAACACAGCAAAAUAAGAAGACGUCGGGCUUCCUUUCAAAUCUACUUGGAGGCCAUUAGUCUGGGAAUCAACUUGUUCAACACAGCACAGAUGAAACUACCAAAAAAUUUCAAACAAGCAAAAAAAAAAAGAAAAAAAAGUAGAAGAAAAAAAGGAAAAAAAAUUUUUUGAACUGUGAGCUUUACUGAUUACUUCAGAUUUUUUUUUCUUAUUUUUCCUUCUGCAGUGAAUUCAUUGGAUAUAUAUCAGCUGAUACUGAUAUUUCCUAUAGUUAUUUUUAUGUAAUAAGCAUGGAAAUGAACUUUAUAUACAUAUAUAUAUACAUACUGUGUUGUCAGAGACGAAUAUUAGAGGUUGUUUUUAAAGCAACAACACCAAAUUAUUGGGAUCCUCCUUUAAGUAUUCCUUAUUUUUUCUUUACAAUUGAUUUUUCAAGCAUGCAAAAACAGUUCAUUGUAACUCACUGAAAUAUUAACAAUUAGUUGUGAAUACAAGCAGUAUCAGCUCCUUUGUCACUGAUACUUGGAAACAGUUAAAAAUUUUUGGUAGAUUCUGAUGUAAAAAAACAAAAAUUAUCAAGGUAUCUUUAGUUGAAGAACUUGGGAAAUAUUAUCAAAAUUAAUUUCCUAGGAAAAUUUUAAAAAUAUAUUUAACUACUUGGAUAGGCUGAUACAUUUCCAUGUUAUUUCUGCAGUUAUAGACUUAGGCUUACCUGUAGUAAAUGGCAUGCUCCAUGGACUGCCAGCUCUGGUCUUGGUAAUGGGUGGUAUUAACCCAUAGAAAGCAAGUAAUUAGAUAUCACAUAGACAGUGGUUUUGAUGUAAACAGAGACUGGGCUCUGUUUUGUUGUUCAACUGUCAUAUAUUUGUAAUAGAGAUGUUGUAAAGUGCGAAUCUAUUCUGCCUGCUCAGACCUAAGUUAAACCCUCUUUUAUCUUUCAUAUUAUGUCAUAGAAAAGGUCUCUUAAAGUUGUGAAACUAGUUCCUGGUAUGUUCUAGGAGUGAUGUUGUCAUCAGCAGUAGAGAAACAAUAACUGUUUUCAUAGUCUGUAUAGAGUCUCCAACAGGAGAGAAAUUUGCUUGGCUUUAAGGUGUAUUUAUUUGCUAUUGAAGUCUAAAUAUGUACUCUGUUUCUACUGAGAAGAUAGAAUAUAUUUUUCCUUUAUUUUAAACAUUUUUGAUCACCUUCAAAUAACCAAAUUUGACUUAGGCUUUUAACAAAGGAUUUAGCAGAAAUCAAGCUAAUUUUGUUUUUGUCAUAUAAACUUUUAAUAGUGUUGAGGGACCAUGUCAGCCAACUACCAACAAUCCCUUCAAUCUUCAGGUACAGCUGGCAUUUCUACAGAUGUGUCCAGACAUCUGAGACCCUCAGAAAGGAAGGAUAAUCCAAGAAUAUAGGAAAUCUGUGGUCCCUUCCCUUCAUUUUAUUCCUUUCCUUAUAUUUCUAAAGACUAUAGGUAAUCUGAUGUUUUAAUGUAGCAUCUCUUAUUUAUUUUUUCUUUCUGAGGUAUUAAAAUAUCUAGACUGAAUUUUGCCAAAUGUUAAAGGGAGAAAAGUUAUUGAGGACUUUGAACACUUGCUUUUUGUGAUUGACUACGCUUAUAUGUCAUUAGUGCCUCAUGACUGUGUUUGAUGUCCUUUAUUGAUACAAAGUGAGCCUGUGCCUUCAUGAUCUUGCCCAUUUUGGUACAAAAACCUGGUGUUAGAUCUAUGAACUGUGUGGGUUAGGAGGAAUAUACCUGAAUUCUAUUCAAUACAAGUUUCUGGACAUAAAGAAAAAUACAGUCACAUAUUUAUAAAA